UUUGUUUUGCAGCGCAAAGAUCUGGCAAUGAAUGUUGUUUACAGCAGGUGGAUGUGGAUGUGACGUCACGGGCGUAGAACAUCAAAAAAUAACAACAUCCAAAUCCGCGAUUCUCUCUCUUUUCUGUGUGUGUGCAAGGCGCAAUAAACUGUAAUAACAUCCUAAGCAGCUCCGUGUAGAAAGACGGCGUGAAACGGGCUCGAAACUGCAGCGUCGCUCCCAGUCCAGUGUUUGCUGCUGAAGUUAUAGUACCGCCAGCGGAGUGAUAUUUGUUGGUUAUUUACAGUGUGUUUUAUAGCACGCGCUCAUGGUAUACAAGAUCUCGUGAAGAGUUGAAUUUGUUAUCGUGCACAAAUUUCCGUGUCUAUCUCGUCCCUGUCAAACCCCGACACCUCAACGAGACUAAAGGGAUUUAAGCAUACUGUCUACAAUCACCUGGCAAUUGACCUACUGAAACAGGGAAGGCAGGCUCUCGGGGCUUCCUAAAUGAAUUGGAAUGGAGCCCAGUUAAUGAGGGCGGAGGGGAGAGAGGUAAAAAGAGGAGACGCUCGCUUCCUUUCGCAAGAACAUCACUUCCAAGUGUCUCGGCUUUGCGCGAGCUGAGAUUGAGCUGGCUGCACCGUAACCAAUGGUUCCGCCCCGUGUUCCCUUUUCUGAAUUCUGAUUGGAACAAUGGAAUGUCAAUCUCAUCCAAACAAGUGACUGUGGCAGGAGCGUGCAGUGGUCCAGCCCUGUGGAUGCUGAACGGGCAGGGAGGAUAAACGCAGCGCUGGAACUGAAGACGGACGCAAAUAAGCAAGUCCUUGGAGAAGGGUUUUAAGUCAUGAUGCAAGAGUCGGGGACAGAGGCGACAAACGGAACAGCCAAUCAGAACGGCGCCGCACCUUGUGUGGAGAGACACAGAGAAGUUCAAUCCAAGAGCGCCACACCUUCCUCUGACAUCACCGCAUCUGACCUCGUGAACUUCCAGCAACAGCAGGCCUUACAAGUUGCACGGCAGAUCCUUCUCCAACAGCAACAGCAAAGCAGCGCCCUCAAGUCCCCUAAAAAUAAUGACAAGCAGCCUGCACCACAGGUCCCAGUUUCUGUUGCUAUGAUGACACCACAGGUCAUAACUCCUCAGCAGAUGCAGCAAAUCCUCCAACACCAAGUUCUGAGCCCACAGCAGCUCCAGCUGUUACUGCAACAACAACAAGCACUGAUGUUACAGCAGCAGCAACUCCAGGAGUUCUACAAGAAACAGCAAGAACAACUCCACCUUCAGCUCAUCCAGCAGCAGCAUGGCAGCAAACAGCAGAGUAAAGAGGUGUCUGCGCAGCAGUUGGCGUUCCAACAGCAGCUGCUCCAGGUUCAGCAGCUCCAGCAGCAGCAUCUCCUGAGCCUGCAGAGACAAGGCCUGCUGUCCAUUCAGCCCAACCAGACUCUGCCCCUGCACUCCCUCACUCAGGGCAUGAUUCCAGUCGAACUGCAGCAGCUGUGGAAGGAGGUGACAAACAGCUAUGUGAAGGAGGAGAACAGCGCGACCAAUAACGGUCACCGGGGUCUGGACCUGUCGUCCCCCUCCCCCGUUCCCCUCAAAAACCACAACCAGCAUGGAUCCACCAACGGCCAGUACGUCAGCCACUCGCUUAAGAGAGAGGGAUCAGCGAUGGAUGAUCAUUCCCCUCAUAGUCACCCUCUCUACGGUCACGGCGUCUGUAAAUGGCCAGGAUGUGAAGCUGUAUUUGACGAUUUUCAGUCGUUCCUGAAUCAUCUGAAUAAUGAACAUGCCUUGGAUGACAGGAGCACAGCGCAGUGCCGGGUACAGAUGCAAGUAGUUCAACAGCUGGAAUUGCAGUUAUCAAAAGAUAAAGAGCGUCUCCAAGCCAUGAUGACUCAUCUUCAUGUGAAGUCUACAGAGCCCAAACCCACCCCGCAGCCACUGAACCUGGUGUCCAACGUAACUUUGUCCAAGACGGCUCCCGAAGCCUCGCCGCCCCUCAGCUUACCCCAGACACCCACCACCCCGACUGCCCCCCUCACGCCGCUCUCACAAACCCACUCUGUUAUCACCCCCACCAGCCUGCACAGUGUCGGUCCCAUGCGCAGACGCUACUCGGACAAGUACAACAUGCCCAUAUCUCCAGAUAUUGUCCAGAACAAAGAGUUCUACAUGAAUGCUGAAGUACGACCUCCUUUCACAUACGCUUCGUUAAUACGACAGGCAAUACUAGAGUCGCCGGAAAGACAGCUAACACUAAACGAGAUCUACAACUGGUUCACGCGAAUGUUUGCAUAUUUCAGACGCAAUGCAGCGACGUGGAAGGGUGCCGUGCGCACCAAUCUCUCCCUGCAUAAAUGCUUUGUAAGAGUUGAGGAUGACUUUGGGUCCUUUUGGACCGUAGACGAUGAAGAGUUUAAACGCGGCCGCCACAUACAACGAGGUCGCCCCAGGAAGCAUGCGCCGGACGAAAGCUGUGAUGAUCUGCCUGUACAAAGUCCAGCUCUGGUAAAAAACAUCCAUACCACUUUGGGAUAUGGUCCCGCCCUUUCUGCAGCCUUCCAGGCUUCAAUGGCAGAGAACAACAUACCUCUAUACACUACCGCUUCCAUCGGAAGUCCCACUCUCAACUCGCUUGCCAGCGCCAUCCGAGAGGAAAUGAAUGGGGCCAUGGACCACGGGAACAGCAACGGUAGUGACAGCAGCCCUGGACGCUCACCCCUGCCAGCUAUGCAUCAUAUCAGCGUAAAAGAGGAGCCACUGGACCCUGAGGAGCACGAAGGCCCCCUCUCCCUCGUGACAACAGCCAAUCACAGUCCAGACUUUGACCACAACAGAGAUUACGAGGACGACCAUGGGAACGAGGACAUGCUGUAAGCCUGGUUUCUCCCAGGUCCUCUGCCGAAAAGGCCAUACUAACUGCGGUCACAUGCGAGACCACUCCAGAUAUAGACUGGAUUCACAAUUCUCUCGUUGACAGCUAUUAAAAAUGUUCCGAUUUACUCUUAGUGCCAUUAAAUACAAAAACGAAAUACGAGAUAAGAAAAUCUAUUCCAUUUGGAAGUAUUUUUGAUUUGUUUCUACUUUUCGUUUAAAAGAUGAGAUGCGUAAAUUUCUACUCAUCAUCUGAUGAAGAGACAUUUGGUACUGGGCCUGCUUCCACUUCGUUUUGGCAUAAGUGUCACUGAGACCAGAGCGGACGUGAAAACACAGCUGAGAAAGACUCGAAAAAAACACUGAUCACAAACUCUCUCUCACACACACACACAAAUCAUUAGCGCUUCAAUGAGCGUGCCACUCACAGUGUGCGUGUAUACGUAUGUGACUUUAAUUCAUUGCCUCUGCCUUCAGAUCUUUCUUAAAGGACGGUUCAGCCAAAAAUGAAAAUUCUGUCAUUUACUCGCCCUCAUGUCACUUACUUUCUUCCGUGAAACACAAAAAGAGCGCACUUGGUUGCUUUUUCACAUACAGUAAUGAAAGGGAAUGCUCUCCCUGGGAGAAGUAAACAGGGUCUGAAUUGUGAGUCAAAUCUUAAAAUGAAUUGGUUUGCAUCAGUGAUCUGCUCACAGGAAGGGAAGAAUGAAGAGAAUAGCAGCUUAAAUUUUGGUUUGUGUCCUAUCCAAAUCAAUCUACAACUUGGAAUAUAGUAAAAUGAGUAAAUAUAUGAUGCUUUUGUGUCUUUUUUUUAAAAAAAAAAAAGCUCUACUCCCCGUUAAUUGUAAUUGCAUGAUUAAAAUCAGUGAGUACUGAGGUAGCAGAGAGUUUUUAGGGGUAAAAUUUACAGAAUUUUCAUUUUUUUAAGUGCACUAUUCCUUUAAGUUUGCCGUCAUCACAGCUGGAGCAUAUCUGUAUGGUGUUUUGAGGGUUCCUGGGCAAAUAAUUUAAAUGUAGUGUCCUCUCAUUACUCUGUGCUGUUAGCUAUAUAUUCAUUUUGUUGGGUUUGUUUGUUUUGGUAACUGAUCAGACCUCAUGAAUAAUGACGUGGAGUUAUGGUGUGCUUAGCACUGGAUGAAUGUUAAGGCUUCUCAUGCUCUCUUCCUUUCCUUUCGAAAUUGAAACAGAAUGUCGCAUUACCGUGUAGUAUUUUUCUGUCAUUUGUUCCUAGCGUUUCGAAUCGCCACUUUGCAGUCACAUUGCCCUUGCGUGCCGACACACACACACACACGCACGCACACACUCUCUCUCUCUCUCUCCCCCUCGCUCAUGAAGUCCAUCUGCAAAUGCACUACUCAUAAUGAAGGCUCCCUCUCCACGCACCAAUGAAGUUUAAUUUUCACGUGGAAUGAAUGACAGAGAAAUCAUGCAGGUUAACGUUUAUCGUUCUGAAAUUAUACUUUCAAAAAUCCCCUUCUGUUUGCGUCAACCAAAUCGCUGAUCGAAACCAUCAUCUGUAUUGCAAAAUGAAAUGUCAAAAAAAUUUGAAAUAAGCAGCAGGGAGUGAAUUGUUAGACAAAAGCUAAUUGUGAUUCCCGUCUGCAUAUAUGAAACUUUUUUUUUUUUUUUUUUUUUUUUUUUCCAAAGACUGUCUAGAUGACUUCAAACUGCAUUGCCUCUAGUUUCAGUAUCUGUUUCACCACAUCAAUGACCGGCUCAGCCUCUGUCAUUAGACAUUUAUGGGAUUAAACGUUAAAGGAAUUACAAACCGAGGCUGACGGCACAGCCAUGACCACUGAGCAUUACGGCACUGGGGCGGCCCACUAUGAGUCUAUGACCAUUCGCAUCUUGCCACAUCACCUUAGAAAUGAUUGUUUCCCGGGAAACAACUCUGAUUUGUACUCUAGUUUAGAUUCAAAUUUUGAGAUGAGAACAGACUUUAGAUUUUAGGCUUCUACAAAUCGUACACGUUUGCGUUUUUUUUUUUUUUUUUUUUUUUAAUGACUGCAACCAACCACUUUCUGUGUUCUUAUUUAUUACUUCCAUUUUUGUUGUCAUUUUGGUUUUGUUUUUUUUUACUUAAGUUGAUGUUUAUGUCUCUUAUCUGUGACUACCAAAGAUACAAGAUACUACAAGUUGAUAUAUUCUAUGUUCCAUGCAAUAGCUGAACGAAAGGCCAAAUAUCCUUACAGUGUUCCCCGCACUGUCCGGACACAAAAAUGAUGAAACGUCUGAAACCGUGUCGGGCUUACAACGGUGAGAGAGAGAAAUAAAGAAGCCAAAGGGGUUGUUCGAUGGGCAGCUGUAUGUCUUUGCCUGUGACCAAAAUAGGAGAGGAGAGGCAGAGACGGAGACCAACACACGACCAAAUCAAAGCAAUGUUGUCUUUGGGCCAAUGAAAAGGAAAAAGGGAGUGUUCUAUCAGGAAAUGAUGGCUGUAAAGGAGAAGGAUAUGGAUGAAAGAGUUUAGGACUGUUCACUGUCGUCACAGGAAAUUGAAAUCCAUUUGCAUAACACAAUGUGAACUGAACUUCAACUGGACCACACAAUGAUGAGAGUUUUAUUUUGUUCUCAUACUUUAGGUUUUGCCAUUUUAUUAUUUGAAAAGAUUGUAUGCCACUUACCUUGUAAAUUCGGAACGGGAUUCCCGAUGUCCUUUUGUUAAUCUUGGCAAUGCUCUAUGAUUGUGUUUUAGUGUCUGUCAACUUAUUACUUUUUUAUAUUAAAAAACACUCCUGUCAACCAAUAA